AUGAAGUCCACUAUCUUCAUGCGGCUGGUAUCAGUCGUGGCUCUGCUUCCUACAUUUGCUCGAGGACUCCUUAAUCCAAUUAUUCCAGGCUUCAAUCCAGACCCCACAAUCAUCAGAGUCGGCCAAGACUUCUUCCUCGCAACUAGCACUUUCGAGUUCUUCCCGGGUGUGCCUAUAUAUCACUCAACCGAUCUCGUCAAGUGGGAAAACAUUGGCCAUGCACUCUCUCGGCCGUCGCAGUUGAACAUGCGCGGCACCGCUCCGAGUGGAGGCAUUUUUGCGCCGACGCUAAGACACCAUGAUGGCACCUUUUACCUGAUCGAUACUGAUUUUGAUUUGAUCAACCCCCCGGACAAUGUCACACGCGUUCCCCGCUCGUUCUACGUUACGACCUCGAAUAUCUUCGACCAGGCCAGCUGGAGUGAACCUACGUACGUCGACCAGUGGGGAUUUGAUCCGGAUCUGUUUUUCGACGAUGACGGGAAAGUCUACUUGACCUCCACGUUCUCGGAGUUUGUUGAGAAUGGCAACUUUGCCAACUGGAUUACGGAGAUUGAUAUCAAGACUGGCGACUCUUUGAGCGAAUCUCGAGUUCUUCACACCACGACGGUGCCGCCAGAGCUUGGCUACCCACUUACCGAGGGAAGCCACUUGUACAAACUCAAUGGAACUUACUACAUGGUUACUGCGGAUUCUGGAACCGAGGCUAAUCAUAAAGCAAAUGUUUAUCGCUCCCAGACCUUGGAUGGACCAUGGGAAGGUAACCCGCAUAACCCUGUACUGUGGAAUGGCAAAGACAUGUCUUUGCCGGUGCUAGCUACCGGCCAUGCCGAUAUCGUUGAUGAUGCCGAUGGUAACUGGUGGGCGGUGUUCCUCGCGAUUCGACCCCAGAACCCCAGAAACAGCACCGGACUUCCUCAGCUUGGUCGCGAGACGUUCCUGUGCCCCGUAACAUGGGAUGCUGAUGGCUGGCCCAUUUUCAACAAUGACAAGCCAAUUACAGAGUAUAUGCCGGGCGUUCUGUACGACUUGGAGCGGCCACAGGUUUGGCGCGACGAUUUCGAUGGAAGGCUCGUGGACGAAGCCUACUACUACCUCCGGACACCAUACAAAACCUUCACAGAUUUUGAGUCCAGUCCUGGGAAGCUUCAGAUCAGAGGCAAUGUUUAUACCCUCAACGAUCGCGAAACCCCGGCAGCACUACUCCGCAAGCAGGUCGACAUCAAUACCACCUUCAGCACCGAAGUUAGCUCAUUCAGCCCGGCCUCGUGGAGACAAGAGGCUGGUGCCAGUGUUUAUCUCAGCAUCCACUAUCACAACGAGGUCGCUAUUACUAACUCGAACGACACUGGCAAGCGAUGCAUAGUCACGCAUACCAGAACAGGCCCAGAUGCAACUCUCAACACCACCUACAUCGAGGAUGAAGACGUCGCCAAAGGUGAUCCAGUCAAGCUCUUCAUCGAGGCCAAGGACGUGGGAUAUCGUCUGGGAUACGCAACAGGUAACAAAGAACCAAGGUGGCUUGCCACUGUUGAGAACCGUUGGCUGCAGUCAUACGUCGAGGGCUGGCAGAACUUUGUCGGGACCCAUUUCGCGAUCUACAGUACUGGAACCAGGCUUCCGACUUUGAAUUCCGCGGACUUUGAGUACAUCCAGACGGAGUUAAACUAG